CAGGUGUCUUAUAAACGUAGUUUUACGUUAUCUCCUCUGUAUUCGUGAGGAUCGCGUUGGCAGUAAGUCGUGUUGUUUUGUCAAAAGGAAGUUCUUUGCUGACUGGUUUCCCAGUUCAUUUACAGUUUCUGUGCUGAAUGUGACUGGACAUCGAAACUUACACGAUGAACAACAGCAUUUGUGUUUUAAUUAUCGCUUGUUUUGCUGCAACAGCGAGAAGCGGCAAGCUGCUGAAGGCCACGGUGUACUGGGAUUCAACCCAAAAGACCGUUCUACUGAAGGAAGGUGUCCUGGACCCGCAGGGGGAUGCGUACGGUUACUAUAAUGACACGCUGUCUUCGACGGGAUGGGGCGUGCUGGAGAUCCGCGCCGGAUACGGACAGACAGCAGAGCCGGACGCCAUCACCAUGUUCACGGCGGGAUAUCUGGAGGGUUUCCUCACUGCGCCGCAGAUUUUCGAUCAUUACGCCAACAUGUACCCGCAGGUGAUCCAGAAUCCCAAAGUGCUGGCGCCCGUGAAGCGCUUCAUGGGUAAGCAGGACGACUGGACUCGGGAUCAAGUGAAGCGUAACACCAGCGAUCCUCUGUGGAUCCACACGGGUCUGAUUCUGGCGCAGCUGGACGGACUGCAGGCUGGAGUGACCUACUGGGCCAAACAACACGGGAGGACGCCUCUGUCCCAGUUUGCCAUUCAGUUCCUGAAUGUACUUGGUGAUCUGCUGGAUCUGAUCCCAGCACUGUUUCCCAGCGGGACGCCCGGCUUUAACCGGUAUAAAGCUCCUCCGAUGGGACACUGCUCUGCGCUUAUAAAGAUGUUGCCCGGCUAUGAGAACCUGUUGUUGGCUCACUCCACCUGGUACACGUACGCCGCCACCAUGCGCAUCUACAAACACUGGGACUUCAGACUGAGAGAGCCGCAUACGGCCACCGGAAGACUCUCCUUCAGCAGCUACCCUGGGUGUCUGGAGUCUCUGGAUGAUUUCUAUCUGCUGGGCAGCGGUUUACUGAUGACUCAGACCACUAACAACGUCUUCAACACCUCUCUGUACUCCUACGUCACUCCUGCCAGCCUGUUCUCCUGGCAGAGGGUUCGACUGGCACACGCACUGGCAAACACUGGAGAGCAGUGGGGCAAAACCUUCUCCAGAUACAACUCUGGGACCUAUAAUAACCAGUACAUGGUUGUGGACAUGAGUAAAGUGAAUCUGGGCAGCAGUCUGGAGGACGGAGCGCUGACUGUGGUGGAGCAGAUCCCAGGACUGGUGGAGUACUCAGACCAGACGCAGACGCUGCGCAGAGGUUACUGGCCGUCGUACAACGUGCCGUUCCACCGCAAGGUCUACGAUCUGAGCGGAUACGAGCAGAUGUGGAAGGAGCACGGCGAGGAUUUCUCCUACGACCUUUGCCCUCGAGCCAAGAUCUUCCGGCGCGACCAGUCGUCCGUCAUCGACCUGAGCUCCCUCAAACACAUGCUGAGAUACAACGGUUAUAAGAGCGACCCGUACUCGAAGGGCGACCCGUGUAACUCCAUCUGCUGUCGAAACGACCUGCAGGGGCAUGGAGCCAGUCCUGACGGAUGUUACGACACCAAGGUCACAGAUCUGCACAUGGCUCAGAAGUUAGUGGCAGAAGCGGUGAGCGGCCCGACCACAGACGGAGGACUUCCUCUCUUCUCCUGGGAGUCGUUCAACAGCACGUCCCAUCAGGGCCUUCCUCCCAAAUACAACUUCAGCUUCAUCCUGAUGCAGCCGCAGCUCUGAGGAUCACAGCAUUUCACUUUGGCCUGCUUUUGACCUAGCACUUAAAAUCACUCUGAAGCCUUCAAUCUGUCCUUGUAGCUUUUACUUUGAGCCAUAAAAUCCAAAUCAAAAAGUCUCUUUCAUUGAUGGAUUGAGUGAAUCUUAAUGCUUUAGUGCUCGUUUCCACCAUACAAGAAAAACCAACCACCAUGCCUUGGUAAAUCAUGAAUAAAUGACAUGAAAA